UACCACCUCUACUAAAUGUCGGAAUCGGUCAAUCAGAGCUUAUUUUCCUCUGAAAAUCCGAAGUAUGUAGUGACUAGUGAUGUUGAUCAUCAGCCCUUAGUGCCUUUUUCGACGAUGUCCACUUCAAUGUGUUCGUGCUGUUUACGCUUCAAAUUCAGCCCAGAGGAAAUUGAGCAGCGGCAUAAAAGUCAAGAAAUCGACAAAAUGCUUGAAAAAGAUAAACAAACACUAAAGAGACAGGUGAAGCUCCUUUUGCUGGGUGCUGGUGAGAGUGGAAAAUCCACAUUUUUGAAACAAAUGAGGAUAAUUCAUGGUGUGAAAUUCGACAGUGAUUAUCUCAAAGAAUAUCAACAAGUGAUAUACCAAAAUGUCGUAAGGGGGAUGCAAGUUUUAGUAGACGCCAGGGCCAAAUUGGAUAUUCCUUGGGGUGAUCCUGCGAACGCAAGUGCUGGGAAGGAAUUACUCCUUUUCAACAAUGUGAUGCAUUUAGAUUCUAAAUUAUUCCUAAAUUACACACCUCUUCUUUCAAAAUUGUGGACUGACAGUGGUAUUCGAAGAGCAUUUGAUAGAAGAAGAGAGUUUCAAAUGAGCGAUUCAGUGGAAUAUUUUCUGAACCACCUAGAACGUCUGGCGAAACCAGACUACAUUCCAACUCAUUCCGACAUUCUAUUCAGCAGGAAGGCAACGAAAGGGAUCACAGAAUUCGUGAUUCCAAUCAAUAACAUCCCCUUUCUUUUCGUCGACGUCGGUGGUCAGAGAAGCCAGCGGAGGAAAUGGUUUCCCUGCUUUGAUUCCGUAACUUCGAUAUUGUUCCUGGUGUCCUCUUCCGAAUUCGACCAGGUCCUGUUGGAGGACCGCAAGACGAACAGACUCGAGGAAUCCAGAGAUAUCUUCGACACCAUCAUCAACAACAGGAUAUUCGCCAGUGUGUCCAUCAUUUUGUUCUUGAACAAGUACGACCUGUUAGCGAAGAAGGUCUCUAACCCUGAAACAGAUAUUCGCUGGUAUUUUCCCCAAUUUAAAGGAAACUCCCAUUCCUUACAAGACGUGCAGAGUUUCAUCCUGACGAUGUUCACAGGAGUGAAGAGAGAUCCUAAGAAGGCGCUCUAUCACCACUUCACAACGGCUGUAGAUACUGAAAAUAUUAAAGUUGUAUUCAACUCUGUUAAGGAUACGAUACUUCAUCGAAACCUCAACAUAUUGAUGUUGGAGUGAGAGGUGAUAACAGAUUGUGGCGGAAAAUGACAUGGCUGUGUGAACAUUAAAUUAAUUUUCAUGUUUUUUGAACAAGACUGACAAAGUUAACGUGUCAAUCUAGAUUCAGGUUUGAUCCCUGAGUGUACGUGAUAUGAAAAAAAAUUGGGAAAAGAUAAUGUGGCCUCUUCUUCCAAUGAGGAAUUAACGAAUUUUUUAUUGUUCUUUCAGAAUUUUUUAUUGAAAUAUUUUUCGAAUAUUCCUCCUUGGGUAGCAUGGAAUUUGGCCUGGAUGAACAUUUUAUUAUUUGAAGGCAGCAUUUUUAGAAAUUUGAAAUUUUUGUGAUAUUAAUUCGAUUGUAGUCUUCAUUCAAGGAUUUUAUUCUGUCAACAAACAUUUUAUUCCCAAAAUUCAUAAAUGUCUCUUUAUGGAUAUGUACAAUAGAACUGAGAAGUACCAAAAAGCUCAUAUUUAAUUGUAAUAUACUGCCGAACUGGUGCUAUAAUAAUAUUUAUUGCAUUUAUUGGGUUAACAAUUACUACAAUUAAUCAUCUUCGAUGUGUUGGAAAAUUGAAUCGUCUGAAUAAAUUGUAUGAAUAAUGUAAAUCGGUUUAAUUUUUCGAUUAUGACCUAAAUUAUCCAUGGAAAAGCAGAAAACCAAAGGAAUUAUUAGUUAACAGACUAACAUUUGAUUCAACAUAAAACACAUUGCAUAAGUAGGGAAGUUUGAGUCCUAGUGGUAAAACAAUAUUUAUGAAGUUAUAAAAGUGUUCAACGUGUAAAUAAUCUACGGAAAAAAUAAAUGUAUAUUGUAAUACAAAGUCUAUUAAGAAUAUAUCUUCAGUCUGUGUAAGAAAUGAUGAUUUUAACUAUUUUUGAUGUCCUUAUUGUGAUUUUAUAUAUUUUCCAUAUUUGUAUUGAUAUGUAUAUAUGUCCUUCAACAAAAUGAUUAUAUAAUUAUCUAUAAAUCAGUGUUAUUGUGGAAUCAGAUGUACCUUCCAUAUUUUGUUCUCAGUAUUUUACACCUAGAAUUGAAAAAAAAAUGGAAAUAUUGUGAACACUGAUUUUUUCAAGACUUAUAUUUCUUAUUUUAAGCGAAUCUGAGCAUAUCCAGCAGUCGCAAUGUUUGUUACAGUAAAGUUUCCACAAAACAAACAGCAGACAUCUUCAGUAUACAAUACAUCCUCUGAAGGUGCCUACCACAGUUUUGUAGAAACAAAUACCUAAUGAAUUAAUAGUUCUCAUCUGCAAUAUCUUACAGAAUAUUUGUGAAAACCAAUGUUUAAGUGCCUUUUGAACACAAAAGCGUGUAUAAUAUAUGGUGAUGAAAAAAAGAGCUAUUUUAUAUGUAAAUAUUUUUGUAUGAUUGUUACAAAUACAAGAUAUUUCAUUCGA